CGUGCAGUUUCCUAUGAUACUGGCAAAUACGCUAGCAUCGACCACACAGAGCUAUUGCUAUGGUUCUGAUGGCAGCGUUUACGUGGAAAUUGGCCUCGUAUAUAGGCCUACUAUACUUCGUGAGCACUGCGAAUGAGGUCAUUGGCUACAAAAUCAAUGGGGGAGAUUGUGGCAUGGCCGAAAUGUCUCCUACCCCUAGAAUAGUGGGCGGGAAGAACGUCAUAAAGCAGCAACAGCCAUGGGUCGUAAACCUGCAGGUGUAUUUUGUUGAGGACAAGAAGAAGUCGUCAGCUCAUCCCUGUGGUGGAACGCUGAUAACGCGCCGAUUUGUGCUGACGGCAGCCCGGUGUGUUCUCAGGGCCCUCGACAAAGGAAAGGGAUCAUUGGCUAGCAUCGUGGAAGUGUACCACAACGAAACAGAGAGGAGAAAAGGUGGCUUCCGCAGAGCGCGGGAUAUAAUUAUUCAUCCAGGCUUUGAUCCACUUACCAGAUUACACAACAUCGCUUUGCUCAGGCUUUUUAAACCUGUUCCGAAGAGUAACCAUGCACGUCCAAUAUGUCUCAUGGACAAGAAAGAAGAGCUCAUGCGAAAGAAUGCAACUGUGCUUGGAUGGGGCUGGAUAACAGAGUCCUUAUCGCUACGCUACGCCACUGUGAAGAUUGUGCCAUUCACUACUUGCCAGAAAAAGCUUGAGGUUAUCAGAAAACGCAAGGUUUUAGACAGUAGGACUAUGAUCUGCACUUCUGGGGUGAAGAAAGGAGCAUGCAGAGGUGACGGCGGGGGACCCGUGACCAUGAAGAGGAAUGGCAACCGCACCUAUCAAGUCGGCGUCAUAUCUUUCCCGCGAAGCUGCGACGCUUCAAGGGAUAUACCCAGUGCUCACGUGCGCGUGGACUAUUAUUUUGCGUGGAUAAAGAGUGUGGUGGAGUACUACCACAAGUGGCACGUAAUGUCACACGUCUCCGCUCGCGGCGACUUUUUCUAUUAUUAGAGCAGCCGGCUCAGUCUCACUGAAGCUUCUCCAGGCUUUUGUGAAGGGCAAUGACGGGAAGGAAUGGUACCUAAACUUAUCUCGAAGAAUAUUACUGUGGUGCGCAAAAUAAUAAAGUGCUGA